GAGCGAGCGCGCGCGCCUUGCAUGCUUGCCUUGGAGCUCCUGAGCCGUGACGGUGUGAAGGCGGGGUUAUGUAAAUGAGCUCUCUGUCACACAGCGAAUGAGAGAGCGGAUGAUAUCUUGGGUCUCGCCCCUUUGCCCAGCUGGCUUCUUUGUGUGUGCGCGCGUGUCCUCCCCUUUCCUCCCUCUCUUUAAUGGCAGCACAGAGACAGAGGGAGAGUAAGAAAGAGAGAAAGAAGACACGGCGCGGUUUAACUGAAGGAAACGAGAGAAAAAUGUUCAGCGGAUAUGGAACUAGAAACCCACACGAGCUGUACUAUCUGCAGAUGCAGCGGGUGGAUGAGAAGAUGGAGCGUGAGGAGAGCGGAGGGAACGAGGGAACCAGGCGGAGGCUGAAGGUGUGUGUGGCCACCUGUAACCGAGCAGAUUACUCCAAACUCGCCCCCAUCAUGUUCGGCCUCAAAUCUCAGCCUGACCUGUUCGAGCUCGAGGUCAUCGUCCUGGGUUCGCACCUUAUCGACGAUUACGGUAAUACGUACCGUAUGAUCGAGCAGGACGAGUUCAACAUCAGCUCCAGCCUCCACACUAUCGUUCGUGGUGAGGAUGAAGCAGCCAUGGUGGAGUCUCUCGGCCUGGCGCUCGUCAAGCUUCCCGACGUCCUUCUGCGCCUGGCGCCUCAUGUGCUCAUCGUCCAUGGCGACCGCUUCGACUCUCUCGCCGUGGCGACAGCAGCGGCCCUGAUGAACGUCCGUAUCCUGCAUGUGGAGGGUGGAGAAGUAAGCGGUACCAUCGACGACUCGAUCCGCCACGCCAUCACCAAACUGGCGCACUACCACGCCGUGUGCACACGCGCCGCCCAGAUGCACCUGCUCGCCAUGUGCGAGGACCACGACCGGAUCCUGAUGGCCGGCUGCCCGUCGUACGACCGCCUGCUCAACGCACGUCACCGUGACGACCACGAAGACAUCAUCAAAGCCUGGCUCGGUGACGGUGUGAAGGAGUCAGACUACAUCGUGGCUCUGCAGCAUCCUGUAACUACAGACAUCAAAAACUCCAUAAAGAUCUACGGGCUCAUGCUGGACGCUCUCAUCUCCUUCAAAAAGAAAACACUCAUCCUGUUCCCCAACGUCGACGCUGGCAGUAAGGAGAUGGUGCGUGUGAUGAGGAAGAAGGGAAUCGAACAGCACACCUGCUUUCGCGCCGUCAAACACGUUCCCUUCACCCAGUUCAUCCAGCUGGUGGCUCACGCGGGCUGCAUGGUGGGGAACAGCAGCUGUGGCGUGCGCGAGGCCGGAGCCUUCGGGACGCCCGUCGUCAACCUGGGCACGCGCCAAACCGGCCGAGAAACAGGUGAGAACGUUCUCCAUGUGCGUGACGCUGAUACGCACGAUAAGAUCUACCACGCCCUGAAGCUGCAGUUCGGGAAGCGAUACCCUUGCUCCAAGAUCUACGGAGACGGGAACGCCGUGCCGCGGAUCAUGAAGUUCCUGCAGUCCAUCGAUCUGUCGGAGCCGGUACAGAAGACCUUCAGUUUCCCGCCGGUGAGAGAGGACAGCGUGUCCCAGGACAUCGACCACAUCCUGGAGACGCAGAGCGCGCUGGGCAUCGACCUCGGGGGCACCAACCUGCGCGUGGGCAUCGUCACCAUGACGGGGAAGAUCAUGAGGAAGUAUUCUCAGCCUAACCCUAAGACCUACGAGGAGAGGAUGGAGCUCAUACUGAGCAUGUGCAAACAGGCCAUGGCCGAUGCCGUCCCCCUCAAUUGCAGAAUCCUGGGAGUGGGGGUGAGUACAGGGGGCAGGGUGAACCCCCAGAAUGGCAUGGUGUUGGACUCCACUAAGCUGAUAAACGAGUGGAGUCACAUUGACCUGCGCUCUCCGGUGUCUCAGUCGCUCCACCUGCCGGUGUGGGUGGAUAACGACGGGAAUUGCGCCGCACUCGCUGAGAAGAAGUUUGGUCACGGGAAGGGCGUGGAAAACUUCGUCACCCUCAUCACGGGAACGGGAAUCGGAGGCGGGAUCAUCCAGCACGGCGAGCUGAUCUAUGGCAGUACGUUCUGCGCCGCCGAGCUCGGACACAUCAUGGUGUCUCUGGACGGACCCGAGUGUUCCUGUGGGAGUCGCGGCUGCGUCGAGGCCUACGCGUCCGGGUUAGCGCUGCAGCGAGAGGCCAAGAGACUGCACGAUGAGGAUCUGCUGGUGGUGGACGGAAUGAGCCUGAACAACAAGGAGCAAGUGAACGCAUCACACCUCAUCCAAGCUGCUCGCCUCGGAAACACUAAAGCAGAGGGAGUGCUCCAUACAGCGGCGGCGGCUGUAGGUGUUGCGGUUGUGAACAUCCUCCACACAGUGAACCCGUCUCUGGUGGUUCUGUCCGGUGUUCUCGCUCAGCAUUACAAGAAUCCCGUCACACACUUCAUCAGCCAGCGCGCUCUGUCCUCUGCCAGGGAGGUCAAAGUCUUGACCUCUGACCUCGACAACCCCGCCCUGCUCGGUGCCGCCAGCAUGGUCCUGGACUACACGACACGCCGCACCUACUGAGACACUAUGUACUGACGCCAAGGGCCAAUCAGAAUCUUUCUUUGUCUUUUAGUAUUCCCUGAAACUCUAGUGUGUUUGGGAUCAAACCAUUCCAAAAUAGCCACUCAGACACUCUGAGCCAAUCAGACGAGACGCUCAGACACUUGUGGCCAAUCAGACACUCUGAAUCUUGGCAUGUCUAUUCUGAUUGGCUGUGAGCCUUGAAGCGUCUCUUCUUGAUUGGCUGUGACUCUUGUAUCUUCUUGAUGAGCUUCUGAUGAAUCACUUUGAGACUCUGUGCCAAACAGGUGAAGGCUUAUGUCCAAUCACAUGUUUCACCCUGGAGCCAAUCAGACCACACAUAUUGAGACGGAAGGCCAAUUAGAAACCUUGUACAGUAUUUGAGAUCAAACAGAGCCAGACCCUUUAUUUCUUUAUUUUAAUCUCUAUUGCUUUCUCGAUUGCAUCUUUUUUAAAUUACUCAUAUUUGUAGUUUUCCUUCGUUAGAUAUUUAUUUUGUAAUUAUUCGUCCUUGGCCCCACCUUCCUGGUCUUCUUCUAUUGGUGCAUUUGAACGGUAUUUGGGAUCAAACAUUCUGAGUGUUAUGUUCAUUUGUUGAAGGACACACAGAGGGGCUGUGCUGCUAGCUUUCAAGAUUUUUUAAUAAGCCUAGACUUAUCUCUCUCUCUAUCUCUCUCUAUCUCUCUCUCUCUCUCUCUCUCUCUCUCUCUCUCUCUCUCAUAUAUUUUGAUACUUUCCUGGUCUGAUCGGUAUUCAUUUCUCAUCAUGUGACUGAACACUCAGAAGAACGGCUUUACGAUGAAGGAAGAUGCAGUUACCUCCUCUGUCAGAAUCCUGUGUUCCAGUUCUGUCUCUAACACUCCCUUGUUCACUUUCCCUUGGUUGAGUACACUUACAGUGAUGCUUAAAAGUUUGUGAACCCUUUAGAAUGUUCUACAUUUCUGCAUAAAUAUCAUCAGAUUUUCACACGAGUCCUAAAAGUAGAUAAAGAGAACCCAAUUAAACAAAUGAGACAAAAAUAUUAUACGUGGUCAUUUAUAUAUGUCAUAUUUAUGAGGAAAUGUAGAAAAUUCUACAGGGUUCACAAACUUUCAAGCACCACUGUAGUUUUGUUUUUGUUCAGUUGUAUUUUUAUUUUGUUGAUAAUUUUAUUUUUUAUCACUCUAAGGGAAAGCGACGAGAUUGUGUUAAACAGAAACAUAACUGAAACACAUCAGUUAUGUAUUGACACAUACCCGAGUGAUUGUGGCACAAUUACGUAAGCGAGGGCGGAGCUUACCUUAACGCUCCGCCAAUCAGCCAAUCGCAGACUUGUUUGUGUGAUCUCACUACUGGCUGUAAUUUCCACCGCUUAAUGUUUUGCACUUCAUUGUUGGUUUAAGUUACAUAAUUUAACUAGUACCUAAUGCAAUAUAUUCGCUAGCAAUCUUAUCGUAUAUGUAUAUUUAUAAUUUGAUUGACUUGAAGGUAGAAAAAGUUUUUCAAUGGGCUGCUCAGAUCUAAGUUAAGCCCCUCCUGUGUUUUCUCAGCUACGCCCAUCACUCUUCCAUGAAGGUCGGUAUACCAUUAAAAUAAUACCAUAAAAAAAUUUGUUUGUUUUUCUUUAACACACAAGAAACUACAAUUAUCUGUGGGUCAUGGAGAUGAUUCUGGAACUUCUGCCUGGUGCGGUUCUAAUGAAACAUAAAGAUGAAGAGCCUGAAGAAGACAAUCACGUUCCCCUCUCAGGUAUGAUCUGGGGUUGCAUGUCAGGUAAAGGACCAGGAGAGACCUCACAAGGCGGUGCAUAGGUGUACUCUGACAUUUUGGACAUUUUUCUCAUUCCAUCACUAGAGAAUAGGUUUAGUGAUGAAGUCAUUGUUCAGGAUGAUAAUACAUCUCACCACAGAGCAACGAGAGUUGAAGCUUUUCUUCAGGAAAGGCAGAUCAACUCCAUGACCUGGCCUGAAAACGGUCCAGAUCUCAAUCUGAUUCAAAUUUAUGGUGGAAAUGUAAAAACUGGUCCAUGACAAGGCUCCGUCCAGCAGGUCUGAUCUCAACCGCUAUCUGAGAAAGUUGGAACCAGCUUGAUGGAGAAUCUUCUUUUAUAUUAGUGAAGAACGCCUCAGAGAAUUUGGGCCCGAGGCGAAGCAACGGCGUACUAAUUCCAUAACAUUCUCCUCAACCUGAUCUGGAAAUGAACUUGUUUGUGGUAUGUCUCAUGAAGCCGGAAUGUUCAGCUAUUAAACAGAAAUGGUUUUGUGUCA